CACCACCCACUCUGGACACAGAACAUCCAGUCAUGGAUAAAAAUGAGCUGGUGCAGAAGGCCAAGCCGGCCGAGCAGGCUGAGCGAUAUGAUGACAUGGCAGCCUGCAUGAAGUCUGUAACUGAGCAAGGAGCUGAAUUAUCCAACGAGAGAAAUCUUCUCUCAGUUGCUUAUAAAAAUGUUGUAGGAGCCCACAGGUCAUCUUGGAGGGUCGUCUCAAGUAUUGAGCAAAAGAUGGAAGGGGCUGAGAAAAAACAGCAGAUGGCUCGAGAAUACAGAGAGAAAAUUGAGACCAAGCUCAGAGAGAUCUGCAAUGAUGUACUGUCUCUUUUGGAAAAGUUUUUGAUCCCCAAUGCUUCACAAGCAGAGAGCAAAGUCUUCUAUUUGAAAAUGAAAGGAGACUACUAUCGUUGCUUGGCUGAGGUUGCUGCUGGUGAUGACAAGAAAGGGAUUGUGGAUCAGUCACAACAAGCAUACCAAGAAGCUUUUGAAAUCAGCAAAAAGGAAAUGCAACCAACACACCCUAUCAGAUUGGGUCUGGCCCUUAACUUCUCUGUGUUCUAUUAUGAGAUUCUGAACUCCCCGGAGAAAGCCUGCUCUCUUGCAAAGACAGCUUUUGAAGAAGCCAUUGCUGAACUCGAUACAUUAAGUGAAGAGUCCUACAAAGACAGCACACUAAUAAUGCAAUUACUGAGAGACAACUUGACAUUGUGGACAUCGGAUACCCAAGGAGAUGAAGCUGAAGCAGAAGGAGGGGAAAAUUAACCAGGCUUCCAACUUUUGUCUGCCUUAUUCUAAAAUUUACACAGUAGACCAUUUGUCAUCCAUGCUGUCCCACAAAUAGUAUUUUGUUUACGAUUUAUGACAGGUUUAUGUUAUUUCUAUUUGAAUUUCUAUAUUUCCCAUGUGGUUUUUAUGUUUAACAUUAGGGGAGUAGAGCAAGUUAACAUUUAGGGAGUUAUCUGUUUUCAUCUUGAGGUGGCCAAUAUGGGGAUGUGGAAUUUUUAUACUAAUAUAAACAUUUGGCAUAGUACUUUUGGUACAUUGUGGCUUCACAAGGGCCAGUGUUAAAACUGCUUCCAUGUCUAAGCAAAGAAAACUGCCUACAUAUUGGUUUGUCCUGGUGGGGAAUAAAAGGGAUAAUUGGUUCUAGAAAAAAA